AUGGCCUCCGACUCUACCUACUUCGCUCUCCCAGGCACCGUUGCCUUCUCCCAUUCUCGUGGCCAUGCAGUGGCUGCUUCCAUCGGAGCGCAGAACGUCCGUGCUCAAUGGAUUCACUACGUCCAUACGUCUCAGCCUCUAGACGAGCCCCAACAAGAUAUCCUAGAGCAGCUCCUCCGUUAUGGUGAUAUCACCGAUAUUCCCCCAUCGUUCAGUGCUGAAGACGGCCAAUUCGAUGUUUUCUACGUUUUCCCCCGAACUGGAACCAUCUCCCCAUGGAGCUCCCAGGCUACCGGUAUCUCGCAUGUCUGCGGCCUGAAAAAGUGCGUGAAGCGUAUUGAGCGGGGAAUGAAGAUCUCCUGUCUUCGCCCAGAGACUGGUGAUUACAAGCCAGGAUUCAAGGAUAUCUUGCACGACCGGAUGACCCAAAUCCUCAGCCAGGACGAGCCUGACCUCCACCUGAUGUUCUCUGAACACAGCCCCCUCCCUCUCGAGACCAUCCCCCUCACUAGGAGCGACAAAUCGCCCAAGGAGGUAUUGCAGGAGGCCAAUAAACGUAUGGGAUUAGCUCUAGAAGACUCAGAGAUUGAUUACCUGGCGGCAGCCUACGGACCAGAUGGGCCUCUGGCGCGUGAUCCUACUGAUGUGGAGCUGUUCAUGUUCGCCCAGGUCAACUCGGAACACUGUCGUCAUAAGCAGUUCAAUGCCUCUUGGACCAUUGACGGGAUGGAGAUGCCCAAUAGCCUGUUCUCCAUGAUCCGCAACACCCACCGGAAGAAUCCGGAAUAUACCGUCAGCGCAUACAGCGACAACGCCGCUGUGCUUGAAGGUUUUAGCGCCGCUUUUUGGGCUCCCGACUCCGUCACCGGAGAAUGGAACCACACAAAGGAAAUUGUUCAUUUCUUGGCCAAGGUUGAAACCCAUAACCAUCCUACCGCCGUAUCUCCCUACCCUGGUGCUGCAACCGGAUCUGGUGGUGAGAUUCGUGAUGAAGGUGCCGUCGGACGAGGCUCAAAACCCAAGGCCGGUCUGGCUGGUUACUGUGUGUCCGAUCUCCACAUCCCGGGCUUGGAACAGCCCUGGGAGUUGGAUGUCGGUAAGCCAAACCAUAUCGCAAGCAGCUUGGACAUCAUGUUGGAGGCCCCCAUCGGAAGUGCUGCUUUCAACAAUGAAUUCGGUCGACCUUGCAUUGCCGGGUACUUCCGUACUCUGUUGACAGAGAUUGACAUUGGAAAUGGUGAGAAGGAGGUCCGUGGUUAUCACAAGCCCAUCAUGAUUGCUGGAGGUGUUGGAACCGUCCGACCUCAGCACGCUAUUAAGAAGCCAGAUGCUGUCAAGCCCGGUGCAUUCCUCGUUGUCUUGGGCGGCCCUGCCAUGCUUAUUGGUUUGGGUGGAGGCGCCGCCUCCAGUAUCACCUCUGGUGAAGGAUCCGUCGACCUUGACUUUGCCAGUGUGCAGAGAGGUAACGCUGAAGUCCAAAGAAGAGCUCAGGAGGUUAUCAACGCGUGUGUGGCUAUGGGGGACAACAACCCGAUCAAGUUUAUUCACGAUGUUGGCGCGGGUGGUCUGUCUAACGCCCUCCCAGAGCUGAUCCAUGACUCGGGAUUGGGCGCGACUUUCGAACUGCGUGAGAUUGACAGCGCUGACAGAAGUAUGAGCCCCAUGCAAAUCUGGUGCUGCGAAGCGCAAGAGAGAUACGUCAUGGCGGUUGGUGAAGAGUCUAUGAAUAAGUUUACUGCUAUUUGCCAUCGUGAACGCUGUGGUUUCUCCGUUGUUGGCCGUGGAGCCGGCGGUUCAGAAGAAGAAAAGCGACUGAUUCUUCUUGACAGAGAAUCCAAGGAACACCCAACUGUUAUUGACCUUCCUCUGUCCGUCCUUUUCGGAAAGCCUCCAAGGAUGACUCGAACUGUCGACUCCCGGAAAUUGAAGCUCCCUUCGGUGGACUCGAGUCUCACCACCUAUCUCCCUUCUCUCGCACCAAACCGGGCCGAACUCAUUGGUGAAGCCGCUAACAGAGUUCUUUCCCUUCCCGCAGUGGGCUCUAAGUCUUUCCUCAUCACAAUCGGUGACAGGACCGUCGGUGGCUUGACUGCUCGUGAUCAGAUGGUGGGUCGCUGGCAGACACCAGUCGCCGAUGUGGCUGUCACUGCCACCGCAUUGGUCCAAGGUCUGACGUCCGGUGAAGCCAUGGCCAUGGGUGAGAAGCCGACUCUUGCGUUGAUCUCUCCCGGUGCAUCCGCACGCAUGGCUGUUGCUGAGUCGUUGAUGAACCUCGCCGCUGCCGACCUUGUUGACCGUUUGAGCCAUGUGAAGCUUUCUGCCAACUGGAUGUCCGCCAGCAGCCACCCCGGAGAGGGAGCGGCCAUUUACGAGGCUGUCGAGGCAAUUGGUAUGGAUCUGUGCCCUAAGCUUGGUAUCAGCAUUCCGGUUGGCAAAGAUUCUAUGUCUAUGAAGAUGAAGUGGAAGGAUGAAUCCUCCGGCCAGGCCAAGGAAGUUACCGCCCCUAUGUCCUUGGUAAUCUCUGCGUUUGCUCCGGUUGAGAAUUUCCGCAAGACCUGGACUCCCGCUCUUCGUCAUCCUGAGGAUGUCGGUGACACUGUCCUCAUGUUUGUCGACCUCUCCUUCGGCCGGAAGGCGCUGGGUGGAUCCGCCCUUGCCCAGGUGUUCAACCAAGUUGGCUCCGAGUGCCCCGAUAUUCGCGAUAUUGAGAUAUUCAAGGACUUUUUCGACGCUACCCAACAACUGCAGGAUGCAGGAAUUGUUUUGGCUUACCACGACCGAUCCGAUGGUGGCUUAUUCACGACCCUCGCAGAGAUGAUGUUUGCCGGACGUUGCGGCGUUGAGAUUAUGCUCGACAACAUCUGCCCAGCCUACAAUACCGCCAGUAUCGUGGAAAGCCUGUUCAACGAAGAAUUGGGAGCCGUGUUCCAGGUUCGCAAGGAGCACGAAAUCCAGUUCCGUUCAUGCUUCGCAACCUGCGGUCCUCCUGCUGGCCUGAUCCACAAGAUCGGUCGGGUUUCUGAGAGACCUAAGCAGAACCUUGCUAUCUACCACAAGGCCAGCCUUGUGUACCGCAACACCCGUGCCAGCCUCCAGCAGACUUGGGCUACAACUUCGUACCACAUGCAGAAGAUGCGUGACAAUCCUUCUUGUGCAGAUCAGGAGUUUGCCAAUAUUCUAGACGACACAGACCCCGGUCUAUCGUGGAACCCAACCUUCGAUCCCAAGGACCGAGCCCUCCCCUUCCUCACCAGCUUGACCUCACUGUCUCCCUUCAGCAACAAGCCCCGUGUUGCCAUUCUCCGCGAACAGGGUGUCAACAGUCAGGCAGAGAUGGCCUUUGCCUUCAACAUGGCCGGCUUCGCCGCCGUCGAUGUCCAUAUGACCGACAUCAUCUCUGGUCGAGUCUCUCUUGCCAGCUUCGUCGGUCUCGCCGCCUGCGGUGGUUUCUCCUACGGUGACGUCCUUGGUGCCGGUCAGGGCUGGUCCAAGUCUGUUCUUCUUCAUGAAAACACCCGCGCCGAGUUCCAGAACUUCUUCCAACGCCCGGACACCUUCGCCCUCGGUGUUUGCAACGGCUGUCAAUUCCUCUCCCGUCUCCAGGAGCUCAUCCCUGGGGCCCAGAACUGGCCUACAUUCGAACGUAACGCCAGCGAACAAUACGAGGGUCGCGUCUGCAUGGUCCGCAUCGCUGACCCAGAUCCUUCCCGCCCCAGUGUUUUCUUCCACGGCAUGCAUGGGUCCUCCUUCCCCAUUGCCGUUGCCCACGGCGAGGGUCGCGCCUCUUUUGUCGCCUCCAAUGCUACCCCGGAGUCCUUCGUCAGACAGGGUCUCGCAGCUGUACAGUACGUGGACAAUGCUACUCUCAAGCCUACCAUGAAGUACCCCUUCAACCCCAACGGCAGUCCCGAGGGUAUUGCAGGCGUGCGCAGCGAUGAUGGCCGUGUCCUUGCUAUCAUGCCUCACCCUGAGCGAACCAUCAUGGGCGGUGUUGCUAGCUGGCUGCCCGCCAGAGCCCAAGAAUGGGGUGAUAUUGGCCCAUGGGGUCGUAUGUUCUUCAGUGCCAGAAGAUGGGUGGGUUAA